AACGCUUGAAUGUACCAAAAAACGAAUUCAUAGUCCAACAAGUGAGAAAAUAGGUCGUCUGACAAUGGCGUGUGACGGUCGUGGGGGUGCGAUGCCCGCGGUUGGCUGGGGGUCAUGUGCGGUCACCCCCUGGCUGCAUCCAUUAUCUUCUGAAACUAUUAAUUGACCGCCCGAAAGUGGUAAUAUAUUCAGACACAUUAUUCAGCGUUUAUAAUACAUUUCAGAAUAACUGGGCUAAACACAUAGGCCUAAUAAUGCAAUUUAUGAAAUAAUGUAGGCUUGUGUUGUAAAAUUGGGAUGCUCGUCAUCAUCCAGAUAACUCACUCGUCGUGCUGUCAAACUGCCCAUGGUUGUCAUGAUGGAUGUUUUUUACGAACCUGAUUGGACGACACAACUAAAUCUUCUAAUUAAAUCUCCGAGCCUGAACGCUGAUUUGUGCAGGAGAUUGCUCCUCACAGAAAGAAUCCCGCUCUGGUGAGAUGAGGGGACAGGAUGGCAACUCCACCGGUGGACGGCAGCUGAAUACUCCUAAAAGGACACUUUUGCAGGUGGUGUGUGGCGUGGUGUGAGGGGAGGUCAUGCCCCUGGUCAAGAGGAACAUAGAGCCCCGGCACCUCUGCCGCGGGGCGCUGCCCGAGGGGAUUGGCAGUGAGCUGGAGUGUGUCACCAACAACACCCUCUCUGCCAUCAUACGCCAGCUCAGCAGUCUAAGUAAACACGCGGAGGACGUCUUUGGAAAGCUUUUUAGUGAGGCUAACACUUUUUAUGUGCGUGCCAACGGUCUCCAAGACCGCAUCGACCGCUUGGCUGUCAAGGUCACCCAGCUGGAUUCCACUGUGGAGGAGGUCUCUCUGCAGGACAUCAACAUGUGGAAGGUGUUUAAGAGCGCUACAGUCCAGGACCAGCAGGUGGUGUCCAAGAGCAGCACAUCCAACCCUCUGGGCGAGAUGUACAACACCAGCGACAAGCCUCCUCCUCUCAGCAUCCUCUCUGCUUACAGAGAUGACCACACCGAUGGGAUGAAGUUCUACACGGACCCGUCCUACUUCUUUGACCUGUGGAAGGAGAAGAUGCUGCAGGACACAGAGGACAAGAGGAAGGAGAGAAGAAGACAACGUAAGCGAUGUGUUGACGAAACACUUCAGCAUGAGGUGAAGAAGGUUCGUAAAGCCCGAAACCGCCAUCAGGAGUGGAACAUGAUUGCGUUCGACAAAGAGCUCCGCACAGACCACCGCCACCCUCACCCUCUCCACCGGGGGGCGUCGUCUGAUGGCUCCCUCUCCCCAGAGAGCAGAUAUGGUCAUGACCUGCCAGACUACCCAACUGCUCCAGGCCUUCCCCAUGCUGCAUCCAACCAUGCGCUGGCUCACCCCUACCCGCCUGCGGACAUUCAUGAGUCUGUAGAGCAUGAGUACCACAGCAUCGGAGUCAGUUACAGAGAAGGGACUCUCAACCGCACACACCACUCCCCACCUCUGCAUCGCUCCACUGAGAGAAUAAAUGGCACUAUGACGCUUCCACCUACAGACUACAGUAUAAUGGAGUACUAUGCCAGUUCCGGACCACUACCCCCUCCCCCAGCCCCUCUUAUCCCAUCCGCACAGACAGCCUUUGGCUCUCCCAUGGUAUCCCCCACCCCCCUUACUGGACCUAGGCCAGGGGCCACAAGCUAUGGUCUCCCACCUCUACCUCCCCGAGGACCUCAUAUGAUUCCACCUCCCCCAGUUCCCCCUCCACCACCAGUACCACCUGCUCCCCCCCAACUGGCAGGACUCAGUGAUGGGAAGAGACAGGACACCCAGCCUCGAAGUGACCUUCUGUCAGCUAUUCGCAUGGGCAUCCAGCUGAAGAAGGGGCAGGAGCAGCAGGAGCAGCAGGCCAAGCGGGAGCCUGUGGGGAACGACGUGGCCACCAUCCUGUCCCGACGCAUCGCAGUGGAGUACAGCGACUCAGAGGAAGACUCCGAACUGGAAGAUAAUGACUGGCCAGACUGACCCUGACCCCAUCCUUUACAGUGACCUCACACCAUGGACACAUCUCUCCUCCAGCCCAACUAUCCCACAAUGGUGAUGGUGCAGUACAGAUUAAUUAUGGGAGUCACAUUUUCAGUUUGCAGUAAGUGGGCAUAGGCUGAGAACCCACUUGCAUUUUAGUGUAAGACAUUGUUUCCUGUAGGUGAGUGGACUGGACUUAAAAUUAAGGAAAAUUAGUGUCCUGAUGAACUGAGAUUCAGCUGAAAUCACUCAAAGGUAUGCGGACCAAAUAACCAAGUGGUGAAUUUCCCUUUUUCUCUACAGAGCUGUCUGAUCUCUCUUUACCAGACACCAACACUGUACUCUCAAUGUCACUAAUCACCAUUUAUGAUUUGAUCUGGAUUUAGAAACCAUUAGAAAGGCUUGAGGUUCUCUCUGUAGCAUAGUAGACUGGCUCUGAACAGACAUAGCGGGUACGUUCCAGCCCGACUGUGUUUAAGAUGGGUUGGAGUGCAACCAGUGACAAUAAUGAUGAAUUGCUUGUCAAUGUAAACAUGUCUCUUCACAUGUAUUCUAGAAAUACAUUUGAUAUGACAUGCAGAUCAGCAAGCUGACCACUGAGUGGCACUGUGCUCACGUUUAAUGCUCACUAUUUGAUAGAUUUUUUAGCUUCGACAAUAAAAAAGAUGAAUUCUAGAUUUCUAGCUAUCAACAAACCGCAAACGUUUGUAUCAUGCUGAAAUGUUGAAUGAAGAGUGACAAUGUGAGUAGAUUACCUUAAAUAGACCUCAGACAAGUCAAGGACUUCAUACUGCAUGAGGUCUCUAAUAUACUGUACAGUCGUGGUCAAAAGUUUUGAGAAUGACACAAAUACACAUUUUCACAAAGUCUGCUGCCU